GCCUCCAUCUUGGGCAUCCCGAGCCGAGGCGCAAAGGGCAGCAGCCAUAUAUACACACACACACUGACACACACAGACACACUAAAAAUAACCAGAAGAAGCAGAAGAAGGUUCACUCAAGGAAAAUGUGGAGAUCUGCCGAGAUGUAACUUCUUUUUUUUUUUAUGUCUUUCUCCUCCAACACAUUGAGAGAAAAGAGCGCGGAUGAGGAUGGAGAGGCGCGAGAGCGAGCGGCGCGCACGGCUCUGCUAACCGCUGGAUCCGCUCCGGCAGCUGCGAGCGGCUCCGCUCUCCUGCAGGAACCGACAGGUGACACGGUGGAAAGGCUCAACUCACACCAGAAUGGGCGUCAAGAGGCUCGUCGUCUUUCUCCUGGUGCUCUCGCUUUGUCUGGAGGGAGGUGAUGCCAAAGAAAAAGGAACGAAGAAGGGCAAAAAGAAGGGGAAGCAGGUGUACUGUCCAUCACAGCUGUCAUCCGAGGAUCUGGCCCGAGUCCCUGAGAACUCGACCAGUAACAUCUUGAACAGGUUACUGAUCACCUACGAUCCCAGAAUCAGGCCCAACUUCAAAGGGAUCCCUGUGGAAGACCGAGUCAACAUCUUCAUCAACAGCUUCGGCUCCAUCCAGGAGACGACCAUGGAUUACAGAGUCAACAUCUUCCUGCGGCAGCGCUGGAACGACCCGAGGCUGAAGCUUCCGCAGGACUUCAAGUCGGAUUCGCUCACCGUCGAUCCGGGGAUGUUCAAAUGUCUCUGGAAGCCCGACCUGUUCUUCGCCAACGAGAAGAGCGCCAACUUUCACGACGUCACCCAGGACAAUAUCCUCCUCUUCAUCUUUCGUAACGGAGACGUCCUCAUCAGUAUGAGGUUGUCCGUCACCCUGUCCUGUCCCCUGGACCUGACAUUGUUCCCCAUGGACACACAGAGGUGCAAGAUGCAACUGGAAAGCUUUGGCUACACGACGGACGACCUGCAGUUCAUGUGGCAGACGGGAGACCCGGUGCAGAUGGACGCCAUCGCCCUGCCGCAGUUUGACAUUAGACAAGAAGACAUUGAUUAUGGGAACUGCACCAAAUUCUAUGCAGGAACAGGAUACUACACGUGCGUGGAAGUCAUCUUCACCCUGCGGCGACAAGUGGGCUUCUACAUGAUGGGUGUUUACGCCCCCACGCUGCUCAUCGUGGUCCUCUCCUGGCUGUCCUUCUGGAUCAACCCUGAUGCGAGCGCUGCCAGGGUCCCUUUGGGGAUCCUCUCGGUGCUCUCUCUGUCCUCUGAGUGCACCUCCCUGGCGUCGGAGCUUCCAAAAGUGUCCUACGUCAAGGCCAUCGACAUCUGGCUCAUCGCCUGCCUGCUGUUCGGCUUCGCCUCGCUGGUGGAGUACGCGGUGGUCCAAGUGAUGCUCAACAGCCCGAAGCGCAUCGAGGCCGAGAAGGCCAAGAUGGCAUCCAAGGAGAAGGCGGCGGGAAAGAGCCCGGCCGCCAAGAACAACACGGUCAAUGGGACCGGAGGGACGCCGCUUCACGUCAGCACGCUGCAUAGUCUGUGCAGUAGCGAUCGUGGCGUGGAUCUGCGGUAUUCUGGUUCUGCCGUUAACCGCUCUCGACCAAUCGCGAACCAAUCAUGA